AUGGCAACACCUCCACUGCCACCCCUCUCGCCCACCGUGGCCACCCCGCUCGCGCAUAGAAAGCGCAGGCACUCGGAGAUGGCUCGUGAGGGUGUGGCGCUGGCGGGCAAGGACCGCGACCUGGGGAAGGAACAAAUCUCGAUUAACGCGGAAGAGGCGAAUGGCAGUGAUGAAGAGCAGAACGAAGACUGCGAAGAACCCGGCGACGCGGUCGAAGGUAUUGCGAGCGAUAGCAACCUAAGCGAUGGCGGCGAGGACUAUGAGCUGAUUCGCGAUGUUGUUGACUCUGCCGAACUCGAUCCGUGGCAGCGUGAUGACCUCGACGAGGAUAUGGAGCUGGACCCAGAAGAGAUCUCCAAGAUCCGCGCCAGACUAUUCGAGAUUGGACCGGAUCGAUUCGUGCCUGAGAUGCUGUCAAAGAUGAAUCCUCUACUACUGGGCACUGCAUUUGGCUUGAAUCCCCAACUGGAGGCCCGCUUCGGGGACAGUAUGUUCUUGGGCUUCCUCGUCUCGGCCAUUGUCCGCUUCUACCACAAGCGCCAGAAGCUGCCGCAAUACAACACCAUCGACGACGUCGCGCGACUACUCCAGCAAAGCAAGAAUGUCAUGGUCAUCACCGGCGCCGGCAUCUCCACCUCCCUUGGGAUCCCCGACUUCCGCUCCAAGAACACCGGCUUCUACUCCAAAUUGAUCGAUGCAGGCAUCUACGAACCCGAAGAGGUCUUCGACAUUGAGCGAUUCGACGAAGAUCCAAGCAUCUUCUACCGCCUGGCUCACGGCAUCCUCCCGGAUGAGACACGCCACUCGCCCACCCACGCCUUCAUCCGCCUUCUCCAAGACAAAGGCAAACUGCAGACAAACUACACCCAAAACAUCGACAACCUCGAGGAGCGCGCGGGCAUUGAGCCCGCCCGCCUCAUCCAGUGCCAUGGCUCCUUCGCCACCGCUUCAUGCCGCAAAUGCAAGCACCAAGUCAAAGGCACCGAAAUCUUCCCCUACAUCCGCGCACAGCAAGUCGCCACUUGCAAGCAGUGUAGCGCAGCGCUAGCAGCCGCCGCGCCACCGCCAAAGAAGAAGAAGAAAGCAAAGCACAACUUCGACACCGACUCCGAUGAGAACUCCGACGACGACAACAUCCCCACAGCAGGCGUGAUGAAGCCCGACAUCACCUUCUUCGGCGAACAGCUGCCCAACACCUUCUUCGACCGGCUCGCCGAGACGGACGCUAAGAGCGUCGACCUCGUGCUUGUCAUCGGCACUUCGCUCAAGGUGGCGCCCGUGAGCGAGAUUCCGAAUUACUUGCCGCAUCACGUGCCGCAUGUUUACAUCUCCCGGGAGCCGAUUGAGCAUGUCAAUUUCGAUGUGCAGUUGCUGGGGCAGUGCGAUGAGGUUGUGUGGGAGCUUUGUCGGAGGGCGGGGUGGGAGUUGAGGCAUGAGAUGAUUCCGGAGGGGUUUGAGGCUGUGGUCGAGGAGGCGGGGAUGGAGAAGGGGAGGGGAUGUAGGUGGGUUGUUGGGGGAGUGAAAGGCGAGGCGGCUGUUGAGGAGGCGGAGAAGCUUGAAGAGAAGGCGGAGAAGAUUGAAGAGGAGGCGGGGAAGAUUGUGAUGGGUGAGGUGCCGUGGGCGAACGGCGACCCGACUGCUUGA